AUGUCUGCCUCUCUCCCUGGCAGUCGGGACAUGCCCGCAUCCCAAUAUGACCUGACAACAUACUGGGGUCGUGUGCGCCACUCCGCCGACAUUGCUGAUCCCCGGACUCUGUUCGUUUCUUCGUCCGGUCUCGAGGCCGCCAAGAGCCUCAUCGCUUCCUACAAGCAGAACCAAAUCCCAGCCAUGACACCAGAGCUGUGGUCAGCCAAGAAAGUUGUCGAUGCGACAUUGCACCCUGACACCGGCACACCCGUCUUCAUGCCCUUCCGCAUGUCAGCCUACGUGAUGACCAACUUAGUGGUUACAGCAGGCAUGCUGACCCCGGGACUGGGGACCACUGGUACCCUUCUUUGGCAAAUUGGCAACCAAUCGCUCAACGUCGCCAUCAACAAUGCCAACUCCAACAAGUCCACCCCCCUCUCUAUGUCCCAGAUCGGCAAAUCCUACCUCAUGGCCGUCUCAGCAUCCUGCUCUGUAGCCGUGGGUCUGAACGCCCUGGUCCCCCGCCUCAAGAGCAUCAGCCCAAACACCCGUCUGAUCCUCUCUCGUCUCGUCCCCUUCGCUGCCGUGGCCUCCGCAUCCGCCCUCAACGUCUUCCUCAUGCGCGGCGAGGAAAUCCGCCGCGGAAUCGACGUCUAUCCCAUCCUCUCCGAGGCCGAGCGCGCCAAGCGCGAGGCAAACCCAGACGCAGAGCCCAUCCAAAGUCUCGGAAAGAGUAAAAAGGCCGCUACUCUCGCCGUUGGCGAAACUGCCAUCUCCCGUGUCCUGAACGCCACCCCUAUCAUGGUCCUGCCCCCUCUGAUCCUGGUUCGUCUUGAGAAAACCAAUUGGCUUCGUGCUCGUCCUAAGAUGGUCAUGCCUAUCAACUUGGCUUUGAUUCUGGGCACUUCGCUCUUUGCUCUGCCUUUGGCUCUUGCGGCUUUCCCUUCUCGUCAGUCUAUCAAUGUCAGUAGCCUUGAAGAGGAGUUCCAGGGCCGCGGUGGUGAAGGUGGUAUGGUUGAGUUCAAUCGCGGCAUGUAA